CUCGGUAUUUCAACACAGCCCAGACAGAAGCGGUCACGGAGACAUAUAUCUACAGUAAAUAACAGAAAGCGACGUACCAACUGUGAAGGUCGUUUAAGGACGUGUUUCUAUGUGUGUCAGUGUGUUUGUGUGCUGGAGACGCCUAGCGGUAUACAUGAUGUAUAUGCCUCUUUGCGACAGCGCGGAUCUGAUACCGACCUCCGAGUUCUACCUCACUGAGGUGUAAAAUAAUAUGUAUAUCUGGAGUAGACAAUGCAAUCACCGUCGAAUCGACUACGAUAUGAAGGGACUUGCAUGAUAAACAUGCUGAGGAGAAUUAUUUACGGAAUGUUUUGGUACCUUUUGAUGACAAUUGGUGUCGCAUCGAUUUCGCCUCAGGCAGAAGGAUCAAACACGUGUGUAUUUAUUUCAAAGCACCAAUGGAUAGAAAGUCAAGCCCAUCAGAAAUUGCACGCUAUGAAUUCGACCCAGUGCACGACGUCAGAUAUUUCGUUGCCGGUAGCCACUUGCGAAUCGGCAAAGAAUGGUCAUGUAUUUGGGAAACUAGAGUGCUUCUGUGCCGGCAAUGACCAGUUCAUGCAAUGUAACCGCACACAGGUUCCGCUUUGUUGCAAAUAUGAUAAUGUAGUUUGUCUUAAUGGUGGAAAACUCAGUAAAACGGAAUCGGACUGUAACGCUAAACCAAAGCCCAUAUACAAGUGCGAAUGCCCACCAGUACUGGAUGGAGGGGGUUACUAUCAGGGAGAACGGUGCGAAAAUAUUCCUGUAAUUAGGGAGUGCGUAUAUAAGGACAGCGUCAACGUCAACGACAGUCUAAACAGCUGUGAUUUCGAAGAUGACGUCAAUCGCACGUGCAUCCACAGCUCCAUUGACACAGUCUAUGAGUGCGGACCCGCACGCCAAAACGUCGAUGGAAUGACAUACAAAAAGUGUGAACGACGAUACAACAGCACAAAGGCAUCCAGCAAAGAGGAUGUGUCUUUUACACCCGAGUGUAAUUCAGGCGAAAACACAGAAAACCUUAAAAUAGCAUUAGUGGUUGUGUCAGCCGGUUUAAUUGGUGCCGUUAUAAUAAUAGUGAUCAUGUAUCGCCGCUUACAGAACAGAAAACAUUCCAGACCUCAAAGGAGUUUACAAGUCAAUUUUUUCCAAGAAGAGGAGAACGGUGUUGACGACAUUAAAGAUACAGACAGUGAAACGGAUGUUGGGGAGGCGACUCCAGAGCGGAAACCAUUUCUUAUGCGUUCAAAAAGUACGCCAUAAAAUAUGUUUUCAUAUAUGCGUUUUUGGAAAACGUUUUCAUAUACACGUUUUUGGGAAACGGUGUAAGAUGGCAUUUGUCUGUUUUUGGUCUGGCAUCUAAAGCAAAGUUGGAAUCGGAUUUAAUUCAAGAGGUUUAAUUUUAGAAACAGCGGUAGAGUAGAACAAACAUAAAAAUCAAAUGUAAUGCUUUGAAUUAUGAUUCUUAAAAACAGACAGUUUGACACUGAACUGAAAUAUAAAAAUAUUCAAUGAUGGACAGAGAGAAAAACCUAGCAUUUUCAAGGCAAUUUUUUACUUUUGUGAAAAGAAUGAAAGAUCGUUAUAGUUCAGACGCCCGAGGGAUGCAUAUUCCCACCACUGUGUAUGGCAUUAAAUGCUAAGCAUUAAUAUUCAUAACUUUGGUACUGGGGGCAUUUCUUCCACUGUGACAGUAUGUAUAUUGAUUCGUCAAUAUUAAGCCUUCUAAUGGGAUAAACAAAACUAAAGCAAGUCCAGUAAUAGGUACUUAGCUCCCUGUGUGCCAUGAUACAAAAUCAAAACUGCUGUUUAGAGUACGUAUUCAAGGAAAUUGAUGGCUCCUUGGCUGAUCGUCAUCUUCUUUUAAGCAUCAGUGCGUGUGCAAUGGUGCUAGUGUCGAGUGUAGGAUUUGUUAACCACUAUGCAAGGACCAGUGCGUGGACUGGACUGUUACAGUUUCUUAAUAUUCAUCUUCAACCUAGUAUCAGCACGUGUUGUUCUGUUGUUCUGUGAGGGCGCAUUCGUCUUCAUUCAAAAUCGAUUGGUAUAUGUGCAUCAUUUAGGUGGAUAGGUCAGUGAGGACACCUUCAUCUUUAUUCAAGAAUCGUGGAUACAUGUGGUUCAGUGAGGGUGCCUUCAUUUACAAUCCAGCAUCGGUCAGUACAUCAUAUACGUAGUAAGUUCAGUGAGGACGCCACAAUCUUUAAUCAAGCUGUGGUCAGUACAUCAUAUACGUGGUAAGUUCAGUGAGGAAGCCCCCAUCUUCAAUCCAGAAUCCGUCAGUACAUCAUAUACGUAGUAAGUUCAGUGAAGACGCCCCCAUCUUCAAUCCAGUAUCCGUCAGUACAUCAUAUACGUAGUAAGUUCAGUGAGGGUGCCUUCAUUUUAAAUCCAGCAUCGGUCAGUACAUCAUAUACGUAGUAAGUUCAGUGAGGACGCCACAAUCUUUAAUCCAGCUUUGGUCAGUACAUCAUAUACGUAGUGAGUUCUGUGAGGACGCCACAAUCGUUAAUCCAGCUUUGGUCAGUACAUCAUAUACGUAGUAAGUUCAGUGAGGACGCCCCCAUCUUCAAUCCAGUAUCCGUCAGUACAUCAUAUACGUAGUAAGUUCAGUGAAGACGCCUUCAUUUUCAAUUCAAUAUCCGUCAGUACAUCAUAUACGUAGUAAGUUCAGUGAAGACGCCUUCAUUUUCACUCCAGUAUCCGUCAUUACAUCAUAUACGUAGUAAGUUCAGUGAGGACGCCUUCAUUUUCACUCCAGUAUCCGUCAGUACAUCAUAUACGUAGUAAGUUCAGUGAGGAGGCAUUCAUUUUCACUCCAGUAUCCGUCAUUACAUCAUAUACGUAGUAAGUUCAGUGAGGACGCUCCCAUCUUCAAUCCAGUACCCGUCAGUACAUCAUAUACGUAGUAAGUUCAGUGAGGAGGCAUUCAUUUUCAAUCCAGUAACCGUCAGUACAUCAUAAACGUAGUAAGCUCAGUAAGGACGCCUUUAUUUUCAAUCGAGUGUCCGUCAUUACAUCAUAUACGUAGUAAGUUCAGUGAGGACGCUUCCAUCUUCAAUCCAGCUUUGGUCAGUACUUAGUAUACGAAGUAAGUUCCGAGAGGACGCCUUCAUUUUCAAUCGAGUGUCCGUCAUUACAUCAUAUACGUAGUAAGUUCAGUGAGGACGCUUCCAUCUUCAAUCCAGCUUUGGUCAGUACUUAAUAUACGAAGUAAGUUCCGAGAGGACGCCUUCAUUUUCAAUCCAACAUCGGUUGAAGCACCAUUUAUGUGUAUAGUUCGGUGAUGAUGUUAAUGAUAAAUUCUAUAACGUGUAUUAAUAUGAAACUAGGCAUUCCUCGUUAUUCUAUCAUCGGUACAUUGUUUCUAGGCGGUUUUUUGACAAUGUGUUCAUUUUAGACCAUGCAUCGGCAUGUGGAAAACCCUAUUUUCUUAUUUGUAUUGUAGCAUUCGUACCUUGAAGCAUUUUUUUUUAUCAAUAUACGAUAACUUUUCUUUUAGCUAACAUAACGUUUGAGAUAAUAGGCUUUGAUAUUAUUUGCUCAAACAAAUUAAAAGAGUUUAUACUUUACAAUUUUAGCUUGCAUUUGUAUUAAUAGUAUUUAUUAGCGUGUCCUCGAUUUGUUUUUUAAAUGUUAGAACCUCUUUGUAUGUUUUGCUUUGAAUAUAAACAUUGUAAACAAUUAUGAAACACGUUUUCCAACCUGUAUUCGUCACUUUUUAUGACUCACGUGAAAGCCCACAGAGGAUUUAUGUGUGUUUUUUUCCCGGAGAAAUUUGGUUUACAAUGCGGUGGUAUAUAUAUGAUGUACAUUGUCUGCAAGACUGCUUAUAUUGAAAUUAUGAGAUCUGAAACAGGAUGAAUUAUGUUAGGAUAUUAAAACCAUUUAGCCGAACAUAACUGUAUAUAACUUCCGGGCAGUCAAUUGCUUUGUUCGAUACGUAUCAUUUCUCUGUAUGUCUUUGUAAAUUCGUCCUCGAAUGGAAUGCAUCUUCUAGAGGAAACGAUUUUUUUAUAUAUCAAUAUUUACGAUCGAUAUCACCUGUAAUUAUUUGUAUGCAUGUUUUGAAACAAUUUUAUAGGUAAUGACUUCUAUUAAUAUUUAACGCAAGGGCUAAUAUUCAAAUUUCAUUUCAGUAAUAAUUACCAUAACUUUAGUAUGCAUAUACAAUACCUACACCCAUCUUUGUAGCCCAAAAACAAAAGAUUUAAAUAUCCCUACCUCCCUACCGUGACGUAACCCCUCGAUGACAGAGCCAUGGAGUGAUCUCCCUUCCUCAAACCCCCUUUUAUGGAGCCUAAAGCUGCAGUAUUGUAAUUUGCAUGAUACGAAUUCCAUAAGAAACUGUCAGCACUAACUGGUUUUUGUUACAUCUUUAAGUUGAAGGGUACCAACAUUUUUAACUAUAUAAUCACCACUGUCAUAUUAUAAAAUAUUUGUUUGUUCUUUUCAACAAAGGCUAUUCCGUAAAAAGAAAUGAUGCAUUUUUCAGGAUUAAAGUUCUUUGAAAUUCGAAUAUUUCGAAACGACAAUGACAAAAUAACACCCAGAACUCUGCAGGAGUCGAACUCUACACUGCUAAACAUGCACUAUAUACAUUUUGCAAUCAAGGAAUAAAUGAUGAGCACCAAAACGAGAGUCCAGUUUAAGGGUCUAUACAAAUACAAAUGAGUAUUAAAUGAUACAAAACUUUAAAGGUCAGUUUCCUCUGACACUGACACAAGACUUCGACAUUUUGACUUUUUGUCAGUGAGAAAUUCAGUUUGAUUACUUUUUCUUUUAUAUUACGGAAGAUAACUCUAAGUUAGACCAAACACCGAGUAGAACUCUUUUUUGCGGUUUUUGUUCAUGCAUGGGUGCUAUUUACCUUAAAUUGAAAAUAAUACAAUGUAUGUAUGUGACAGUAUGAGAUUUUGAUAGUAAUCAUGUGUUAUGUACAUGUAAAGUGUGUGCUUAUAUUGAUUAAAUGUAUAUAUAUUGUUUAAAUACUUCUACUGGUGUACCAAUAUGAUAUUACCAUGGACAUGAAGGAGAAUGCAUCCUUAAUGUUCGUGUGUUACCUGUACCUGUGAACACUGUACUUGUUAUGACACCUGACAGACAGAAUGACAUUUGAUUGGUCUGUGACUGUCCAAUCGAAAUAAGAGGUGUGCUAAGAUCAGGGUAGGCUAGGGAAUGCAUGUACCUGGAUAGAAUCAGGUGGGCACGUGUGCUGGAAUCCAGUUAGGACAUUAACCGCUUAUAUUUUGCCGUGUUGGAAAAGUGAGAAUGGGAAUGGCACUAAAACCCUUGCCCAAUUAUGCAGGUUUUUUUUUGCUCGGGUUAAGCCCUAUAAUAAAAGGACCACGAAAUCGAACCAACCGGGUCGUUAGCGUUGCUUUAUAGCCCGGUAACAUGUAUGCAAUAGUUAAAUGAUAAUAUGGUAAAUUUCUAUGGCGUAAUAGACCACUAUUUUUACUUUGUUUUAGUGUGUAUAUUAUUUCGAAAAUCAUUCUUGUAUGUUUUAUUCACGAAUACCUGAAUUUUGAGUUGCAUAGGAAGUUCUAUCAAUAUAGAUAGUAAUUGUUUAUAUUAGUAAUAUUCACGGAAGAUUUGUCUUCCGAGAAAAUAAUAUGAUUCACAGUAGAAUGUGAGGCAUUAAACUUGAUAAUUUUGCAUUUGCUAUCGAACAUAAUCUGGUCAAGUAUUUUAUCAGCUGUAUGUUGUUCAAAGUUCUUUACUGAUUUUUAAUAUUGUAUUACGGUCUCGUACUGUGACCUAUAGUAUUAUUCUUAUGAUUAGGGAUUUCCAUUUCGGAUGGAAAUCCCUAUUGUUAUUGUUAUGUUUUUUCUUAUUAUCUUAUUAUUGUUAUUUCCAGAAAUCUUGCUAACACUUUUUUUUCAAGAACGAACAAAGAUGUUUCGUUCAUAUUUCAGUAUGUGACAAAGGAAAACGAUCCCAUGACAUUCGAACAAAAAAGAAAAUCAUUAAUUCAAAGGUCAAGGUCUAAGAUCUAUAAAUAGAGUUUUUUUAAAAAGUUUUUCGAACAACCAUAAAUACGUUCGUUGUACUGCAUGAACGCUUAACAGUUCUUGUAAAUCAUGGUCGGGGCUAACUUUUGUCCAUGACAUGUUAUCAGAGAAUAUGUCAAGUUCAAGGUAUCGCUAUGAGGUCAAAUAUAAGUUAAAAAUGAAAAUAUCAAAAGUUGCUUAAUUGUUUAACAUCAAAAAUGACGAAGAUAUGCCACUUUGAAAAAUGUUCAUUUUCCCGUCAAAAUUUUCAAAAUAUUGCACUUAAAACUAUUCUCCACAGUUACUAUGAAACAUAAAGAGUAGGUAUUUGGCACAUCAACAGCAUGUAUGAUUGGCUACAAGCAGAGUUCAGCUCAUUGACCUUGACCUUUGUUCAAGGUCACAGGGGUCAAAUGAUCAAAAAAAUGAAAAUGUCAAAAUACUCCAAAAUUAUUUUUACACCACAUUAAAAGAAUGUAUCCUAAUAAAGAGAUUUAUACAGUUUUAAGGUCAAUGCAUCAUGAUGCAUGUCAAUAAACAAGUGAAACCUACAAAAUAGGUUUGUCAGAGAAGGGAGGCAAAGGGAAGCGAAGGAAAACGUUUAAAAGCGGUCGUCAGUCCGGGAACAUAUCUUUGAUCAUUUUCUUGUUGGAAAUCCCGUGUUUUGAUCUUGAUCAAAUCUAGUUAUUAUUAUUAUUAAUCGACCAAAGAUGUUUUUCAUAUGUUGUAAUGUAACGAUCGUAUUGUAAGUGGAUCUGAACUUUAUAAAAUAUUGUAAAAGUACAAACUUAAGCGGUAUGUUUAAUUUUUGCUUUUGUCACACUUAAAACCUUGCGCUAAUUUAUGUUUGCGCAAAUUAACGUUUUUGUAAUCAGUUGUCUAUUGCAUAUUGCUUUUUCAUUGUUCUAAACAUAUUUUAUUGUAAUUUCUAUGCAAUGGGAGUUGGACAUACGUUUAACAACUUAUAUUAAGCCCUUUCCCUACAAUAUAUCAUUACAAAUUUUCAGGAUGACGUUGCAUAUACUGUAAGCGCGCCAAUUUAUCAAUGCUAUGAGCUCUUAGCUAAAAUUGUAUGAUACGCUAAACUUUGAUUCCGCUAAAAUAAGUACUCGUACAGUAUGUUUUGUACAUAAGAAUGUUUGUUUGUGAUUGGUUUAUCUUUAAAAGAGUUAGAGUUAUUGUUUUAGAAAGAGUUUGCGGAUCGGGGUAUGCAUUGAUGUGUCAUGUCACUACAGAAAGAUACUGUGAAAGUUGAUAUUCUGGCGUAUAGAAAUGUUCGCUCAUUGACUUUUUUAACUAAACGCUGUUUGGAAAUGCCCGUGUUGGUAACAGCUCUUGAGUCCAUAAGUGUAUAUAUCGUUAUCGUUAAAUAAUUCGUUACGUUAUUUAUUCAUAUAUUUUUCAAUACAAGAGCGAGGCAGUUUUUCGUAUAUUUUUCUUCUUUACCGUGCAAACUUAGUCCAAGACUCCAAUUGUGUAAAUUGUGACUACCAUUGCGAAAUUGCCUAUCACUUCUUCUUUGAAUGUCAACCUUAUACAAAUGCUCGUACUGUACUUUUUAAUCAUAUAAAUCAUUUACAUGUACAUUUAACGUUAAUAUUAUUACUGUUUGGAAAUGAAAAUCUGGCUUUGGAUACAAAUUGUGAUGUAUUCAAACAAGUGCAAACUUUUAUUAGAUCCAGUGGAAGAUUUUAACAUGUUUCCAUUAUGAACUUGACGUUAAAAUAUGCUUUUUUUGUAUGUGUAUGUGUUUCUUUAAAAAUCGCUUCAUACUACUAUGAAUUGUAAUUGACAAUCUAUAUCAUCAUCUGUUGUUUUUGAUUAUUGUUGUAAGGAGAUGGCUUCAUAAGUUGUAAUAACUUGUGCCAAAUCCUAUUUUCCAAUUCUGGUUAAUAACAUAUGUUUAAAGUUUAAAGUCGUAUAUUUUCCUGUUGUUCCGUGUAUGAGUUUUCCAAAUUAUGCCGCGUGUACAUGUAAGUAAUAUAGACGCAACAUCUAGUUCUACAUUCAAGUUAACAGUUUCCAAACUGUGUACUACUGCCAGAAACUGUAACUAAGUAUUGGAAUCUAUUUUUCCCGACAUGAGUUUAGCUUUAAUACAUAAAAAAAACAUUUCUGAAGGAAAAUCAACCUUGCGGGACUUAGAAAUGAUAAAGAUGAAAUAAAAUAUAAUCAACAACAGUGUUCUAAGUGAAAAAACGAACAACCGCGGGACUAGAUCCGGGUUCGAACCUUGUUUACUUCGGACUGCUAUAUCAUCGCUCUAACCGAUCGAGCUACCUGGUAGACGGAAAUUUGCUUCGUUUAUAUCGAAACGGAGGUUUUAAGUGAGAUUACUGCAUAUUAGAACAACCACAAUACAUUGAAGCAAGGAUCCUUAAACAAGAAAAUUAUCCAACUGAAUUCUGUGAACUAUCCGAUAGGUUUAAUCUAACCUUAAGACCAGAAAGGCCAGCCACAAUAUACUCUAGUGAUUUUGUCUUAUGAACAAUGAGCUUCUUGUCGUAUAUCCAAACUAUUAACAAUACUACAUUUGUAAGUGUUAUACAAUAGACUGUUGUCCUUUACAAGCGAAACUUAUUUAUAUAUAUAUAUGUAUUAUCAAAUAAUCUCGGUUUCCAAUGCACUGAGGGACACAAAUAGAGCCGACGAUAGAGAUACAUGUAUGUGAUAAAAUACUGCCCCUCGUAAUGUUGUCAGUGACGGCUUAAGGAUCCUUGUCCAACUGUGGUUAUAUAUGUAAAUAUAAUAACCUCCACCUAAUUUCGUUUUGGAUGUAAA